AAAUUCCCGAAAAACACGGGCUCGUGCGCACGCGCGAGCACGCACGUGGGCGGGGCCUCGAUCUUAGGUCCCGCCCAACCGCGAUGCACUUCCUCUUCCGACGAGAGGCGGGGCCGGGCGUCCGCGGGAAACCCAGGCUGGAGGUUCUCGACUACGUGCAGCCGCGGGAAUGGCAGGCUCAGGGAGCUUGGUCUUGCGGCCCUGGAUUCGAGAGCUGGUCCUGGGUUCAGAUUCAUUCUCAAGUCCGCAGGCGGGGCAGCUGCUCGAGGUGCUACGAGAGGCCGAGGCUUCGGGCCCGUCCCGCGCCCCUGAAUCGUCUGAUGUCGCGGCCGCACUGCUUGUGUCUGACGGGACCCACAGUGUCCGGUGCUUAAUGACGUGGGAGGCCCUGGACGCCUCAGACUGGGAGGAGAAGGAGUUCGGCUUCCGAGGGGCAGAAGGCCGGCUGCUGCUACUGAAGGAUUGCGGGGUCCGCAUCCAAGUUGCCGAAGGCGGCGCGCCCGCGGAAUUCUACCUCCAGGUGAACCGUUUUAGCCUGCUCCCCACUGAGCAGCCUCGGGAACGGGUGAUUGGUUGCAAUCAGGACCCGGAUGUGCAGAAAAAGCUCUAUGACUGUCUGGAGGAACACCUUUCAGAGUCUGUCUCGUCCAGUGCAGGUACUUAUAGAGGUUGGCCAGUGACCCUAAAUCCCUGUAGAGUGACCUCCCCAGCCAUCAGCUGUUGCUUCUUUAGCCUUUCACUGUCCCAACUUCUUGAUGAGGUGCAGGAGGAUCGGGAGCAUUGGGGGGCAUUAGUGCACCUGGCUGAGAGCUGUCUGAUGCUCGCAGGCCCUUACACAGCACCCCCUCUUACCCGCUGGGCCUCCUCCCACCACAGGACCACGGGAGAAGCUGUGUACACCGUCCCCAGCUCCUGGCUACACAUCUCUGAGAAUGACCAGCGAAUUCUGAGCUCUCUGGGCCCAGGUCAGAGGACACAGGGCCCUGAGCUGCCCUCACCAGACCCAGCUUUGGAAGGCCUAUCACUGACCCUGCUCUCUUCUUCGUCAUCUAUGUCCUCAGGAACCCCUGCUUUACCCGGCCACGUCUCCUCUGAGGAAAGCAGUGCCAGCAUCAGCAUUUUACCUGCCCUGACCUUGACUGCUUUAGAACCAGUGCAGAAGGGCAGCUCCCACGCUGUGCCAGCCAUCUGUUCAACCCCUGGUCCCCUGCUCCCCGGUUCCAUACACCCUUGUCAUGGACCCAGCUCCCCACUCCUGAGCUGCACCCCAAGUCUCUCACCCCUUGGCCAUGUACCCAGUCUACAUCAGGCCAUUGUGACCAGGGCCCAGAAACCUAGCUUGGAGUUCAAGAAGCUAAGAUUGCCCCCCAAGAACUGGAAGCAGUCUCCAAGGACAAAAACCACCACAGGAGCUGUGGAGUCCAGCCCUGUUUGGGACCCUCCAAAGAAGCAUCGUGAUGGUUCUGCCUUCCAGUAUGAGUAUGAGCCACCCUGUACCUCCCUCUGUGCCCAGGUCCAAGCUGUCAGGCUUCCUCCCCAGCUUGUGGCCUGGGCCUUGCACUUUCUGAUGGAGCCACAGUUGGAGUCUGAGCUCACCCACGUGUGUGGGGUCAAGUGAACAUGUGGGAAGAUAUGUGCACACAGGUCCAUAACUGGGGGAUAGACCAAUAGUGCUCCACUCUCUGCUUCCUUUGAGUUUUUUAAUAAAAUACUCUCAUGCGGCAGGAAAA